AUGUAUGAUCAAUAUUACAAGGUCUUACAAGGACAAGCACUUGUUGCGACGACUAAAAUUAUUAAAAACAAAUUUUAUCACGCAAGUUUCACUUUCGUUCAUUAUACGAACAAACAUCAACAUACUAUAGUUGAGAAUAGUUGUACGCGCGGUAAGCCAACUUUUGUCAAUAGAACGUUUUCCUGGAUAUUUGCUAGUAAAUACAGGGUGUCCCACGAAAAACUGUAG